AUGGGUUUCGCGAGAACUAUGUCGAAGUCAUCGUACACCUCAACAGUACAGGAUUUGGGAAUCGAUUCAGACAUCUACCCAAGACUGCGGAACGCAUCAUCGGUAACUCCUCGUCAAAGCUCUGCUAGUUUCUUAUCCCAUUUCAACAAAAAGAAGGUAGAUAAUGAAACUACCUACACUUACGGGAUUCACAGCAAUCUGUCCCAAGCUUCCUUCGACUAUCAAUUGGAAAAGAUGUCCACCAGAUCAACUAUAGAUUCCAAUCUUUCCACAAGAUCUCAGUACCUCAUAAAGUUGACCUUGUCAAAGUCUGAUAUCGACUUGUUGAGAUACACCUGGAAUGUCAUGUUACUCAACGAGAACAUUGAAGAAGAAACCAAUAACACCUCCUCCAGAAUCCCCGGUACCUUUGCCAAUAGUUUACUGGCCAAUGCUAGUAAUGGACACAGUCACCACAGUAAUGCAAAGUACGCGUUGAACUCCAUGGCUAGCUCUUUAUUCUGUCGUCAAUUUUAUGACAAUUUAUUAUCAAUGGAACCCAAGUUAAUAAAGAUGUUCCCCUCGCUACAUCACCAGGCUGUUUCCUUUGCUGGUGUAUUGUCGUUUGCCAUUUCACAAUUAGAGAACUUAAGUAGUUUGGAGGACUUCUUGUGUGUUUUAGGUAAGAAGCACAGUCGUAUUUUGGGUAUUUCUGCUGAUAGUUUUGAGUUGAUGGGUGAAGCAUUGGUCAAGACAUUCCAUGAAAGAUUUGGAGUUCGGUUCACCAGAGAGUUGGAAUCUUUAUGGAUCAAAUUAUAUUGUUAUUUGGCCGAUUCUAUAUUGCAAUUUGGAAUAGAUCCAGUCAUGAGAUUAGAUUAUCAGGGUGAAGAGUACAACAAUCAUAUGACUAUGAAUACACCAGCCACCACAGCUACAAACUUGUUCUAUAAUAUUGAGGGACAAGAGGGUGAGGGUGAGCGUGUUUCUGCCGUACCAGCUGCGCCUUCUGAUUCAGAUAGCAUUGCUAAUGUUUCUCUAAUGGAAAGAAAUUCAGUUCUUACCUCUGCCACUUCAUUUAUUGGAGAACCACUUCAGAAUGCUAAGCGUGAGAACAGAGUUUCUUCCUCUCCACCAGAACCCGUUACCAAGAAUUUAAAAUCAAAGCUUCGGAGCAAUGGUGUUGGUCGCAAGUUCCAUAAACGGUCAGAUUGUAUUAUCAUGUAG